AUGAAUGAUCAAAAUCAUCUUCAACCUGCACCGGUUAGGAAAGAUGAGGAGGAAAGUUCGUUGUUAAAGAUCUCAAGCCAUUCGCUGAUGUUUUACAACGCCCAUAGUGAUGAGGACUCUGGUACUGAGGAAGAGCAGGAUAAUUUCAUGAACGAACUUGAACGAUUCCACAAGGAUAAUUCAAUGGAAUUCAGGCCCCCAAAGUUCUAUGGUGAAGGGUUGAAUUACCUUAAGUUGUGGAAAAAGGUGAAGAAAUUGGGUGGGUAUAAACAGGUAACAUUAAGCAGAAAGUGGCGCCAAGUGGGAGAGUCUUUUAAACCACCAAAGACAUGCACAAAUGUUUCAUGGUCCUUUCAUAACUUCUACAAGAAGGUUCAAGGUCAUUCCAUCUACCUCGACAAAGCAAAAUGCUUCGGGAACAGAGUUUCACUGAAGAGGAAAACGGUGUCAACCAUCGAAGAUGAUAAAGACUUACAACACAGAGUUGAUAAUAUACAAAGUAACUCAACAAUCAUCGAUAUGGGAUCUCGAGCUGAUUGGGUGAAGAUAAAUGUUCUUAUAUCUAAAUAUCAGUAUCAAGUAUAUGCAUUAGUUCCUGGCCUUCUACGUGAAGAGCUUCAAGUUCUUUCAGAUCCCAUUGGUCGUUUAAUCAUUACUGGAGAGCCUACACAACUAGACAAUCCAUGGGGCGUUACUCGCUUCCAGAAGGUAAUUCACUUGCCCUCUCGCAUCGACCCCAACACAACCUUGGCAAAUCUUGGCCAGUAUGGGCGUUUAUAUGUUUGUGGCGCAUUUGAGAAGUCAUCAUCGUAA